GGGCAGCCAAUGGGAAGCGGGCAGGGAGCGGACGCUCGCUUUUUUGAAUUGGUGUGUGCGUCGCGGCAGGUCCCGGAAUGGCGGCUUCCCUCUGAGCGGAGAGAGGCCUUGAGUCGCCCUGGAGGCCGUAGAAGUGAAAUACCCUUUUGACCAUGGCUGACAACAGUACGCUCAUGUCUGAUACAGGGAGGAGUCUCUUGGCAGAUUCUUCCAUUCUUGACUCCAAAAUUACAGAAUCUUCAAAGGAGAACCUAUUCAGGGGAUCAGCUUCAGAUGAUGAAGAAGAAAUGCCGCAGAUUGAAACUAGGGUAGUCCUACCGAAAGAAGCUGCAAAAUGUGAAGAACUUCUGAAAGCUUUGGAGACCAUUAAGAUAAUGGAAGUUCCCGUUAUAAAGAUAAAGGAAGCUAGUUCUGGUAAAUCGGAAGAAAAACUUAUUAAAAGUAUUAUCCAUAUGGAAAUUAAAGUGCCCUACAUAAAGACGGAUUCAGUGGAGGAGUAUAAGAAUUCCGAUUCGCCAGAAUUUGAGACCAUUUUUGUGAUAGCAGACUUUCAAGAUUCCAUUUUCAACGAUUUGCACAAAGCUGACUGCAGAGUCCUUGGGCCCCCAAUAGUACUGCACUGUGCCAGAAAAGGCGAGCCUCUGCCUUUCUCAUGCCGCCCGUUGUACUGUGCCAGUAUGCUGAAUCUUGUGUUAUGCUUCACAGGAUUCAGAAAGAAAGAAGAAUUGGUGAAGCUGGUGACUUUGGCUCAUCAUAUGGGAGGGAUUAUUCGACGGGAUUUCAAUUCAAAAGUUACACAUUUGGUGGCUAAUUCUACGCAAGGAGGCAAAUUCAGAGCAGCUGUGAGUCUAGGCACACCCAUCAUGAAAGCAGAGUGGAUUUAUAAGGCCUGGGAGAAAAGGAAUGACAUUGACUUCUGUGCUGCUGCUGAGGAAUUCAGGAAAGAAUUUAAAGUCCCCCCAUUUCAGGACUGCAUGUUGAGUUUUCUUGGAUUCUCUGACGAGGAAAAGAAGAGCAUGGAAGAAAUGACAGAAAUGCAAGGUGGACAACACCUGCCUGUUGGUGAUGAAAGGUGUACUCAUCUCAUAGUUGAAGAAAAUACUGUAAAAGACCUUCCAUUUGAGCCAUCACAGAACCUCUACGUUGUAAAGCAAGAGUGGUUUUGGGGAAGCAUUCAGAUGGAUGCCAAAGCUGGAGAAUCCAUGUACCUUUUUGAAAAGUUAGACAGUCCUGAACUGAAAACGUCUGUCUCACAACUUUCACUGAGUACUCCAAAUAGCAACCGGAAGAAACGUCGCUUAAGAGAGACCCUUGCUCAGCUGACCAGAGAGGCAGACAUGUCUCCCUUCCCACCUCGGAAGCGGCCAUCAGCUGAGCAUUCCCUUUCGAUGGGAUCCUUACUUGAUAUUUCCAAUACUCCUGAAUCGGGCAUAACUAAUGGAGGGAGCAGGAUAGAAUUGAGGAACAUGGAUAUUGGUAGACAGAAGGGCAACUCUCAUUUCUAUAGACUUAGUCGGAUGAGGAGGAAAUCAUGCAGGCUUUCCAGAUGUAUUCCUCUGGAUAACGUUGCUCGUAAAUGUUGCAUAAACUCCUUAGAAAAUCUGCAACAAACCAUCAAGGCAGCUAGCAGUAAGCCACCUGAAAGCCUAGUUAAUGAAGCACCUCAAAUGAAUCUUCAGAAAUUCAUUAUUUUCCCAGUCGAAAGCAAGGAAACUUCUGUAAGCCUCCGUUCCAUUCCAAUUUUGAAAGAUGUUGUCUUAUGCGAACAUCAUCCAGUUAGAGAGGUACCGAGAACAUCGCAAGAAACUCCAAAAUCAUGUGCAAAGCCAUCCAAAAACUCGACUCCUUUUCUGCCAAAGCAGUCUGCGAGAUGGCAGGUUGCAAAGGAGCUGUAUCAGACGGAGAGCAACUAUGUUGAUAUCCUGACAACCAUAAUCCAGGUCUUUCAAGUCCCCUUGGAAAAGGAAGGACAACUUGGAGGCCCCAUCCUUGCACCAGAGGAAAUUAAAACCAUAUUUGGCAGUAUCCCUGACAUCCUUGAUGUACACACCAAGAUAAAGGAGGACCUUGAAGACCUUAUGAUAAACUGGACUGAAAGUGAAAGCAUUGGUGAUGUCAUACUCAAAUAUUCAAAAGACUUACUGAAAACAUACCCUCCUUUUGUGAACUUCUUUGAAAUGAGCAAGGAAAUGAUUACUAAGUGCGAAAAACAGAAGCCAAGGUUUCACGCUUUCCUGAAGAUAAAUCAAGCUAAACCAGAGUGUGGUCGACAGAGUUUGGCAGAACUCCUCAUCCGACCUGUUCAGAGGCUGCCUAGUGUUGCCCUUCUUCUAAAUGACAUUAAGAAACAUACGGCAGAAGACAAUCCUGACAAGGCAACUCUAGAGAGAGCCAUUGAGUCGCUAAAGGAAGUGAUGACGCAUAUUAAUGAAGAUAAAAGGAAAACGGAAGCCCAAAGGCAGAUUUUUGAUGUUGUCUAUGAAGUAGAUGGCUGCCCGGCCAAUCUCUUGUCAUCUCACCGAAGUCUAAUUCAGCGGCUGGAAACAGUUGCGCUUGGUGACGACCUGUGUGACAGAGGGGAGCAGGUCACCCUGUUCCUUUUUAACGACUGCCUGGAGAUUGCAAGGAAGCGGCACAAAGUCAUUGGUGGCUUCAAGAGUCCUCAUGGCCAUACCAGGCCACCAGCCUGUCUCAAGCACAUCAUCCUCAUGCCCCUGUCUCAGAUCAAGAAAGUACUAGACAUCCGAGAGACAGAAGAGUGCCACAAAGCAUUUGCGUUAGUUGUGCGACCACCGACCGAGCAGAGCAACUUGUUGUUCAGCUUCCAGAUAACGACUGAGGAACCUCCCAAGGAGAACUGGCUGAAGAUGCUGUGCCGGCACGUAGCCAACACGAUAUGCAAAGCAGAUGCUGAAGAUCUCAUUUACGCUACUGAUCCAGAUUCCAUUGAAGUAAGCACGAAGGAUGUGGACAGCACACUGAGCAGGGCAUCCCGGGCCAUUAAAAAAACAUCCAAAAAGGUCACACGAGCAUUCUCAUUCUCCAAGACACCAAAGAGAGCGCUCCGGAGAGCAUUGAUGGCGCACAGCAGCGUCGAAGGAAGGACUUUCUUCCCAGCUAGUGAGAAUUACUUAGGAGGACGCGUUGCCAGUACUUCAUCGCUAGCUGGCAUCCACUCUCCGUCCUUGAUCAACCUGCCAUCAGUGUUUGAAAAGAGGAGUCAUACUUUAAGUCGGUCAACUACUCACUUAAUAUGACAUGGACAGGAAAUGGAGUUGCAACUUACAAUUUUGACUGACGGAAAGUGGUCUAGCUUUUUGAAGUGACCAUUUACUGACAUGAACGGUGGUACUUAGUUAGCACUUAGUGGGAAUUAGUAAGCGUUUUAGAUAACACUAAAUUAAUCACCAAGAGUUGUCUGAUGUGCCUACUAAACAACUGAAGAACUCAACCUUGGCUUGGAGAGAACAUAUUCCUUUGCACAAAUCAUCCUAUUGGCAUAAUGGAAAUAUUCUGCUUAGUGUAAACAUUGCGCAGUGACUUUAUGAAUAAACCAGUGUUGGACCUGCCAGCGGAUAUUUAGACGUUGCUCACUGAUGCCCGCACUGGCUGAGGAUGGCGGAUUUUGCUUUUAAAAUAGUGUUUGUACGUUUAGAGGCUGACGGUUCGAAUUAACCAUUGCAUAGACCAAUAUCCAAAGUGAAACACUUGCUUACUGUUUAAAGUAUAAAUCUGUUUUUUUAAAGCCUAAAUUAUACUUCAAGCAUGAUGAAAGUGCAUCGGUGGCGGUGGUUUAGUGGGAAUAUGCAAAUGGUUGGCCCACAUGUCUGUUGGUCUGAUGCUCUUUAGCUGCUAGGUUUUACUGUUGCCCAACAAAAUGCAAAAUCACCUGAAGUGGAAGCCCCUAGAAAAAUCACUGUACUAAAUUGUAUUUAUAAUUUUUGAAUGGGGACCAUUUUUUUUAAUAUAAAAAAGCUAUAUCUAAAACUCAAGUGUAACACUUCAAUUUCUUAAUAUACUUAGUUUUUGUGCACAGAUUUCGUAUGGAGAUGAAAAUGUAGAUCUGAUUUCAAUAUCUACAGCUGCUAUUUUUUAUUAUUCAAAGGCUUUCAUAUAAAAAUGUUCACCUUAUUUUCUUUAGGGUUUUUUUUAUACAGUAUUUUCUCACAUCUUAAACUUUUUAAAUAUCAAGUUUUCAAACUAUACUUCUAAACUCUCUCUGAAAAUUAGGUUUCUGCAUACAAUAAACUUGGUUUGUUGCUGUCCAUAUAUGGCGGUUGGAGUGGGUGGGAUUUCUAAUAUCCCAUUUUCUCUUAACCACUGACUGCUACUAAUAAGUGUAACCUGUGCCACUUUUUUUUUACUACUUGUAUCUUUUAAAAUUCUAUACUGGCAGAAACUUGUGUAAAUAAAUAGAGUGGUUUGUGUCGCUUA